AUGUAUAUUGGUGCAGUCACAUUUCUGAUCGACUGGCCAUACUUCUCCAAUUACAUCACCGAUGGCCUACUGCAUGAGAUGUUCAAGACUGUGGUGAAGAACUGCUGCGUCAAGACCAUCCAUGUCAAGGAACUUGUUACAACUUUGGCUCGGCUGGAUAGAGUCACCGCGGCACAUCCCACUUGGAUCCAAGGAGUCGAGUACAAACAGUUGCUGGCGCGAUUCGUUGAGAAUACACUCUUCUAUAAUUCCAAUGAUGACAAUGUAUCCGCCAACAACCUGAACAUCAUCUGGCAUGCCUUGCACGCUGAGGGCACAUACAUCAAGACGUUCGCAACACAACUCUGCUCCAAAGACCAGUUCCCCAAUAACACUGGUGCCCUCAUAUGUCUGCUCGGACUGCUGACCACAGAGUAUGGCAACUCGCCUCACUAUGCAAGCUUGUGGACCGUUGUCUCGACCAGCCAAAUGAGGGUAGCCAGCAUCAAGCCACCGCAUGGCAAUGAGGUACGCGGUAGAGUGUCGUGCACUUGUGUCAACUGCAAAUCAUUGGUGCAGUUCCUACGCUCCCAACAGAUGACCAUGCAUCUCAAGGCGAGGGUGUCUGACAGACAUCUUCUUUCGUACUCUGCAAAGCCGUUCAAUCUCAAGUCCCAAACACUUGAGCACGGUAUGCCACGUACGCUGGUGUUGACCAAGACCGCCGAGAUGAUUCAGAGCCAGAAGGAUGCACACACUAAAGCCGUCAACUCCUGCCGUAAACUGCUUCAACUCAAACCAGCUGGCAAAGAUGCGGUUGCACUUGAGGCGCUGGUCGGCACCGCCUCCCUCACACUUCCAGCUUCAUCAACUUCAACGACACAGACUUCGACUGGUGUCAAGAAUGAGAUAAUAGAGUUGGACUAA